UAAUGAUAAAAUAGUAGUCGAGUUAAGCAACAAGCAAACCAAAACCAUUGAGGAAAAAGAAAUGGUUGGUGAAAAUUAUAAUGAGAAAGGAGGAAAUAAAGGUAAAGAUGGAAAUGGUGGAAUAAUAGCCGCCAUUAUG